AUGAAACAGGGUGUUCAGAACAAAAACAAAGAAAUUGUCGAAGAACUAACGGCCACCGCUCCAUCGGGGUCUGAGAGAUCUCCUGAUAUGCCCGAUGGCGAAGAAAGUUGGAGAGCAUUUUAUGAGCAUCCAUUAACUGCAGCAACUACAGCAAUGUUGAACAUUGGAGGACAAAAUACAGAGGAACCGAACCCUACAACCAUGGGACUGUUGUGCGAAUAUUACAAACUGCCUUUGGAGAAAAUGGACAAAGCAUUGAUGGAUAAGUACGGAGCAUUGCCCGAUUUUUGGACAGCUGUAGCUGCUAAUAGCCAGAUUGGAAAUGUCACAAACGGAACAAAUGCAGUUGCUGGAGCAUUGCCUGUUUCUUUGCUGCCUCAAGCUGCAGGAGUUUUGAGAAAUCGUAGGAUUUCUGAUCCAAAUGAUGUUGCACCACAAGAAGUAGACAUUUACUUGAAUCGUGGACUUAUAAAACGUGAAACUUCUAGUGAAGGAGAGCUUAUCGUCCCUACAUCUGGAGUGCUGAACAUGCACAAAUCUGACAUUAGUGCCACCAAAGUUUCAAGUGAUGCAACAUCCAGUGAUAAUGAGUCACCAUUGCCAAUAAUUGUUGAAGUGAAGCAGGAGCAUAGUCCGGACAUGCCUACUUCUCCAAGCCCACCCACAACAAAAAUUAGUGAACUGCCACCAGCUAGUACUGUCAUUGCCCAAGCUUAUUCCAGUCACGUUUUCGCACAGAAUUAUGAAACUCUUGCUGCUCAGUAUACAACAGCAGCUCCUCCUCAAUAUCAAAGUCAGCCAACCACUUCCGUUUACAUGGUCACGGCACCAUCUGAAUAUAGAGCAUUGCCUGACUACUACACAGAACAAAUCAGGCAGAAUUUAGCUACUGUACCUGCUUAUGCUGAUGCUUCUGACACAGCAGCUUUCGUUGAUCGUUAUAUUAGGCAGGCAACAGGACUCAAAGGAACGAUUCAUGGACUAACAGUCGAUCUGCCUUCGCCAGACAGUGGUAUUGGAGAUACAACUAUUACACCAAGGGAUGCAGCUAACCUUUCGCAAGUUGGGGAGAUUUUCGAUUAUUCUGACAUAACUCAAGCACAAGUGCUUCUGCAAACAACGGAGCCGUCUACAAGUCGACCGGCCAGUACACAGUCGGGAUCUUCUAGAAGAUCCUGGCAUGAAUACAGCCGUAAUUCGGAAGUUGACAAAAUCCAGAUACCAAAAUUACAUUCGGAGCUAGGCUUUCGUUACUACCUCGAAUCUCCAAUAUCUACAAGUCAACGCCGUGAGGACGACCGAAUAACUUACAUCAAUAAAGGUCAAUUUUACGGAAUCACUUUGGAUUAUGUUCCAGACCCAGCUAAGCCAUUGAAAAGUUCAACAGUUCGAUCUGUGGUAAUGUUGAUGUUCAGAGAGGAGAAACCACAUGACGAAGAACUGAAGGCUUGGCAAUUUUGGCAUAGUCGACAACAUUCCGUCAAGCAGAGGAUUCUUGAUGCAGAUACGAAAAACAGUACAGGGAUAAUUGGCCAAAUUGACGAAAUCUCCCACAAUGCAAUCGCCUUCUAUUGGAGUCCUUUAGAAGUUUCUGCCAAGGUGAACAUAGCUGUUCAGUGCUUAAGCACAGACUUCAGUAAUCAAAAAGGAGUAAAGGGUCUUCCCUUGCAUCUUCAGAUUGAUACCUUUGAUGAUUUCCGAGAAAAUUCUACUCCUUAUCAUCGGGGCUAUUGCCAAAUCAAAGUUUUCUGUGAUAAAGGUGCCGAAAGAAAAACACGAGAUGAAGAACGUAGAGCAGCCAAGAGGAAAUUGACUACCGCACCAGGUGUAAAUGACGGAACUAUCACUUUCCCAGGAAGGAAAAAAAUUGAUGAAAUGUUCCAUCUUCCUUGUGAACGAUCCGAGUUUUAUUCGAUGAGUGAUCUGCUCAAGCCGCCGAUUCUUUUCACUCCGAGUGAUGACGUAGAAAAGGUCACAUCAAUUGAUUUGAGUUUCUACAAUCCUGUGGUAGAUGAACAAAACGGAUCAGGGACUGAUCGCCGAGAUAAUGAUUCGAGAAGCAGUAGUAUGUUCACCCCGCCGCCAAAAAAGAUGAAAUUAUAUCCCGGUGACAGAGUGCUGCUUUACGCCCGUCAAGAAUCUGAAGAUACAUUCCAGCCUUUGCAUAUUUAUCCUCCGUCGCUUGCAGGUCUUGCGAGAGGGAUAGAAAAAAAAUACAAGCUAAAUUCAUCUAGCAUAAGAAACAUAUACAAGAAAUGCAAGAAAGGCGUUACUGUCCUGAUUGAUGAUGACAUAGUAAAGCACUACUACAAUGAAGAUGCAUGCAUUAUUGAAGUAACGAAAGUGGAUGAUGAGCUAUGUGACGUGACAUUACUUGAAUUGUAA